AGAGUAAGAGAGAGAGGGAGAGAGAGAGAGCGGCUCCCACUCCUCCUCGCGCGCGGGGCUCGCGCGGCAUCAGAUAUGUGAGUGGCGGGAAGCAGCUCGCUCUCGCGCUGCGGCAGGAUGGCGGGAGGACGGCGGGGUCUCGUGGCCCCCCAGAACACGUUCCUGGAGAACAUCGUCCGCCGGUCCAACGACACCAACUUCGUGCUGGGGAACGCUCAGAUCGUGGACUGGCCCAUCGUCUACAGCAACGACGGCUUCUGCAAGCUGUCGGGUUUCCACCGGGCCGAGGUCAUGCAGAAGAGCAGCACCUGCAGCUUCAUGUACGGGGAGCUGACGGACAAGGACAUGGCGGAGAAGGUUCGGCAGACCUUCGAGAACUACGAGAUGAACUCGUUUGAGAUUCUCAUGUACAAGAAAAACCGGAUGCCAGUUUGGUUUUUCGUGAAGAUCGCUCCCAUCAGGAACGAGCAGGACAAAGUGGUCCUGUUUCUCUGCACCUUCAGUGACAUCACCGCCUUCAAGCAGCCAAUCGAGGACGACUCUGUGAAAGGUUGGGGUAAGUUUGCCCGUCUGACCCGAGCGUUGACCAGCAGCCGCGGGGUUCUCCAGCAGCUCGCGCCGGCCGUCCAGAAGGGAGAGAACGUCCACAAGCACUCCCGGCUGGCCGAGGUUCUGCAGCUGGGUUCGGACAUCUUGCCUCAGUACAAACAGGAGACCCCGAAGACCCCGCCGCACAUCAUCCUGCACUACUGCCUCUUCAAGACCACGUGGGACUGGGUCAUCCUCAUCCUCACCUUCUACACCGCCAUCAUGGUGCCCUACAACGUCUCCUUCAAGACCAAGCAGAACAACGUCACCUGGCUGGUGGUGGACAGCAUCGUGGACGUCAUCUUCCUCGUCGACAUCGUCCUCAACUUCCACACCACCUUUGUCGGGCCGGCCGGCGAGGUCAUCUCCGACCCCAAGCUCAUCCGCAUGAACUACGUCAAGACGUGGUUCGUCAUCGACCUGCUGUCCUGCCUGCCUUAUGAUGUCAUCAACGCCUUCGAAAACGUCGACGAGGGCAUCAGCAGCCUCUUCAGCUCGCUCAAAGUGGUCCGCCUGCUGCGCCUGGGCCGCGUGGCCAGGAAGCUGGACCACUACAUCGAGUACGGCGCCGCCGUGCUGGUGCUGCUGGUGUGCGUGUUCGGCCUGGCGGCCCACUGGCUGGCCUGCAUCUGGUUCAGCAUCGGGGACUACGAGGUGAUCGACGAGGACACCAACAGCGUGCGCAUGGACAGCUGGCUCUUCCUGCUGGGGGAGACGGUGGGCACGCCGUACCGGUUCAACGCCUCGGGCACGGGCCGCUGGGAGGGGGGGCCCAGCAAGGACUCGGUCUACAUCACCUCGCUGUACUUCACCAUGACCAGUCUGACCAGCAUCGGCUUCGGGAACAUCGCGCCCAACACGGACGGAGAGAAGAUCUUCGCCGUGGCCAUGAUGAUGAUCGGAUCGCUGCUGUACGCCACCAUCUUCGGUAACGUCACCACCAUCUUCCAGCAGAUGUACGCCAACACCAACCGCUACCACGAGAUGCUCAACAGCGUCAGGGACUUCCUCAAACUCUACCAGGUCCCCAAAGGCCUCAGCGAGAGGGUGAUGGACUACAUCGUGUCCACCUGGUCCAUGUCCAGAGGCAUCGACACCGACAAGGUGCUGCAGAUUUGUCCCAAGGACAUGCGAGCGGAUAUCUGCGUCCACCUCAACAGGAAGGUGUUCAAGGAGCACCCGGCGUUCCGGCUGGCCAGCGACGGCUGCUUGCGCGCCCUCGCCAUGGAGUUCCAGACCGUCCACAGCGCGCCGGGCGACCUCAUCUUCCACGCCGGAGAGAGCGUGGACAGCCUCUGCUUCGUGGUGUCGGGGUCACUGGAGGUCAUCCAGGACGACGAGGUGGUGGCCAUUUUAGGUAAAGGCGACGUGUUCGGCGCCGUCUUCUGGAAGGAGAUGACGCUGGCUCAGUCCUGCGCUAACGUGCGAGCGCUGACCUACUGCGACCUGCACAUCAUCAAGCGGGACGCGCUGCAGAAAGUUCUGGAGUUUUACGCCGCCUUCGCGAACCACUUUGCCAGGAACCUGGUGCUCACCUACAACCUGAGGAAGAGGAUCGUUUUCCGGAAGAUCAGCGACGUGAAACGCGAGGAAGAGGAGAUGCUGAGGCGGAAGAACGAGGCUCCUCUGAACCUUCCGCCCGAUCACCCCGUCCGGCGCCUCUUCCAGCGCUUCCGGCAGCAGAGGGAGGCGCGGCUGGCGGCCGAGCGCGCCGACGUGGAGAAGGCCGCGGCUCCCCCGGAGCCGCCCCGAGGUCCCAAGAUCCUGGCCUCCACCCGCAUCGACAUGGUGACGGAGGGCCCGGCGGCCACGCCCACCGCCGCGGCCGCCUCGUCCAAGCCCUCCAGCCGAGUCGUGCUGCACGCGCCCGCCGCCCCGAACGGAGGCCCCGUCGGCUGCAAAUCGGCGGAGCCGCCCAAAGCCCGCGGCUGGGGCCGGUUCAGGGAGACGGUGGGGAAGGCCGAGUCCUGGAGCAGCGUCUCCAAGGCCGAGUCCAUGGAGACGCUGCCCGACCGGACCAAGUCCCAGGACGAGACGCCGCUCAAGAAAACGGACUCCUGCGACAGCGGCAUCACCAAGAGCGACCUCCGCCUGGACAACGCCGGCGAGGCCAGAACGCCGGCGGAGCAGAGCCCCGUCCGCUGCGAGGAGAAGGCGGCGCUCUGCGCGGCGCCGGACGCCAGCGCGCAGGCCUCCUUCCUGGAGCUGAAGCAGGAGCUGAGGGGAGACAUCCGCUCGCUGAACGGCCGCAUGGCGGCGCUGGAGUCCCAGCUGGCCGAGAUGCUGCGACUCCUCAAGUCGCGCAAGUCCUCGGGCUCCUUCUUCGAGACCUCGCGGCCUCCGUCCCCCGACUCGGACGGGGACAGCUUCUCCUAGCCAGGACGCGCGCGGGUUCGACCGGCGGGAAUCGGAAACCGCGAGCACGCCGCACGCCGGGGAGACAUCCGGGUUACGGACCGGAGUGCCGAGGAGGCAGAUUUUGACUCGCGGUCGUGACCUUCAUGCUCCUCGGGGGGGGUUUGACCUUUUAGCAAUAAUGAAACAUGGCUUUAACUUUUGUUCACUGUGAUGAAGGAAACCGCUUCAAAGGGUCCGUCUGGUGGCUUUGACCCCAAUCGACGGCCCAGCGAGGCGAAUCGCCGCGAUCGAUCAAAUCUUUGAAACAGACACUAAACUAAUGUCACUCCUUCACCUUUUUCCCAACAGAGCUUUUUGAGAACUAACCGCUGCAUGAUGUCAUAUCAAAGCAAUAUGAUGGGCUGAAGAUGCCUGAGAAAAGACUCCAGCAGGAUCGUAACGUUUUUAUAUCCAGAAUGAAUGUGAAAGAUUCGAUGUCUCGAUGUUUCAUUCCCAAGUCCCAGUCGGUUCGGCUCAGGAUGGAGCUCACAGGGUUAAAACUCCUCCAGGCAUCAGAUUGGGUGAUUGAUGAUGUGGGUGAUUUAAACACAUCUGAAUUUAAACAGAAUAUGUUUUGGCUCAUCGCACAUAUGCGCUCUGAUCCGAGCGUUUCUAAGAGGAUUCAUUUACAAUUUCACUAUAAAUGACUACAUGAAAGGGAAGGACUCGCUGUGACGCCGUGUUUUUUUUAUCUCCUUCAUCAUGUUCCCUCGCGCGCCUUUUAUCCGCCUUCCUCCGCCGCACUUUCCUGCUCACUGUGAAGCUCGACCGGCUGCACGCGGACGCCUCCCUGCGGGCCUGGAACUCCUCGCAGCGACCUGACAGCCGUUGACAGCGCUUUCGUUCUUUCUCACAACGGGAACAUGCGCCUGCGUUAAAUAACAUUGGACCACUAGGGCGCAGCAGAUGUCACGCUAACGCAACGCAUUUAAUGCGCUAAAACAUACGGGCCGCUCCUUCGCACCGACUCAGUGUUGCAUCAAUUCAAUAAUACUGUUUUAGUGUACAAACAUCGGCAUAAAUAUCCCCCAAUGCAAUGCUGUAAAGACGUCCACCAGACGAGGGCAGGUAGCGCUGUUACAUCAGUGACGCCCCAAUUUAGGUGUGAGUGUAAUAUUGUAAUUGUUAGGAGUACGUUCUGUUGUUGAGGCGUCCCGUGGGGUCGGAGGUCACGACUCGGCUGGGCUGAAUGCGUCCGUCUGCAGCAACGGGAACCGUAACGACUUUAUUCCUGGUUUUGGUCGCCUGCCUGGAAUUUUUGACCAAAAUCUGUUGACUUUCUGUCCAAAGUGGAGGAAGAAGUCAUGCUGAUCGUGCUCACAUCUCCACUGGAGUCAGUGUUUUCUUUAAGCGUCCUUAUUUUUGAGCUCAACUGUGCUUUGUUUUUGUUCCUGGCAAAUUGUAGACUUCAUGUUGAUGAAUGAAAGUUAUUUUUUUAAGUAUACAAAGUUCUUCCAGGGACAAAGGAAGCGUCGGAUGCUUUAUUCCCGCAAAGAAGAAACGUAACCGUCGCCACGACGUCACCGAGAGGAGAUUUGAAGUUUGCUUCCAUCUCGACGUCCUGUGUUGGUGUGAUUAUAAUAAUGCGUCAUAAUAUGCAAAUAUUUCGAUGUCUGCUGCUCGUACUGGGGGACGAGUGGGUCUCACGCCGUCCCAUGAGCCUCGCCGGUACCGGCACUGAUGCACUUUGGUCGUCUCCGCAUGGCGCUUGUAACCGAGAGCUUUUUAUUAAAGAAAAGCGCUUAUUUUGCCUCGCUUCCUCUGAGUGAGGCGGUCCUGUUGUCUUUGACCUUUGACCCCUCCCCGCCGCGGAUCACGUGUAUGUAACGUCGUCGUCGAGCUCUCACGCGCACUUCUGGCGGAAAAAAAGGGGGGCGAAACCGCCGAUGUGUAAUCUCACUUCUGUUCCUCACUGACGGAAUGAAACCUGCACAAAGAGCCUUUCUACGAGAAUGACGCCAAUAAAUGAUUUCAUACUUUG